GUCAUUGGUAUCUCGCUGUCGACCUUGAGACUGCUGGGAGGUCUUUGAACGCAAGAUCGCGGCAGGAUAUUGACAGGACAGAGAAUGCUACCUUACCCAGGGGUUGGGUUUUUGAAAGCGGAUCAAGAGCUCUAGAGACGUUUAAGAUUUAAUUUGGAGACUAAUUUGGUGAAUAAAGAAUACUACUAAUCAUGGUACCGGGUAGGCAGGCAACACAGUCUAGCGACUGUCGAGAGAGCACGGCAUCGAUAACAGGAUGGCACCGAUAACGGCAGUCGUCUCCAAAAAGUGCCCCUCCAUUAUUAACAAUCAACGUCGAACUUGGAACUUCACCUGUACGCGCUUUAAAAGCCAUCUUGCGAAAUAUCAACGCCACUCACAACACGUCGAAAACUGUUUAGCUGAACGAACCGAGAUCCAAAGCAUACAGCGACGACCCCUGCCGUCCUGAAAACACCAUGGCGACCCUCGACAACGCCAACCCCACCAUCCUCAGCGCAUCACAGCUUCCUACGCGCCAACAACGAAUUCCCCUUCGCACGGGGCCCGACUUGAAAUACAACGACAUCAUCUUCGAGAAGCCGUCGUAUCUUUCUAGGCCUUUCUGCGACGGCCAAGUAGCCUCCUGGCCGAGAAGCGAUGCCAAUGACGGUUCCCUAGCCGCAGCAGAGCCGAUAGACGAGCAAGAGAUUUACGACCUCAUCUCUACCAUCUCCGACCCCGAACAUCCCGUCUCGCUGGGACAGCUAUCCGUCAUCAACCUGCCCGACAUUCACAUCACGCCCGCACCCCACACACCUGGUGUCGGGCCAAACACAAUCAUCACCGUGCUUGUGGAGGUCACGCCCACCAUCACACACUGCUCGCUCGCCACAGUCAUCGGUCUGGGCGUUCGCGUGCGGCUGGAGCAGUGCCUGCCUCCAAACUAUCGCAUCGUGGUACGCUGCAAAGAGAACAGCCAUAGCCAGGACGACCAGGUGAACAAGCAGCUUGGCGACAAGGAAAGGGUGGCAGCGGCACUGGAGAAUGACACCUUGAAGGGAGUCCUCGACAAGAUGCUCGAGACAUGUGCGUAAGAUGACGAGGGGCUGAACAGGACUGCGCUUGCCUGGUUGUUUCGCCCAACAAAUUGUACAUAAUCAACGCGCCAAUGUGCCUUGCGUCCUGAUCCUCAGGUCCGUCUCAAAACCGAAAGAGUCAAUCACGGGCAGCAAUCCGUUUACUCGGUACAAGGGCGUGCCUGCCACAGGUCCGUCA